GAUAGGAUGGUAUCACACACAGAUAGGAUGGUAUCACACACAGAUAGGAUGGUAUCACACACAUAUCACACAAAUAGGAUGGUAUCACACACAGAUAGGAUGGUAUCACACACAGAUAGGAUGGUAUCACACACAGACAGGAUGAUAUCACACACAGAUAGGAUGGUAUCACACACAGAUAGGAUGGUAUCACACACAGAUAGGAUGGUAUCACACACAGAUAGGAUGUAUCACACAGAUAGGAUGGUAUCACACACAGAUAGGAUGGUAUCACACACAGACAGUAUGAUAUCACACACAGAUAGGAAGAAGUGUAUGUCUGUGGACUAA